CUCCCUCCCCGGCAAAAAGCCGGAAGCGGAACUCUCAGCGGUUCUGCGUCCGGGUGAAGACCAUGGCGGAUUCUGGAGAGACGCCUCAGCUCGUACUCUUUCGUACUUAGUGAGGAGUGUUUGCUUCGCCACCACUUCUGCUCCUCCCCGGCCCGCUGCUCCGUGGGAGAUACUCGUCCUCAGCCCGCUUCAGCGUCUCAGUGCGGAAGUCUCCUGGAGUCAUGGCCGAGUACUCUUACGUGAAGUCGACCAAGCUCGUGCUCAAGGGAACCAAGGCGAAGAGUAAGAAGAAAAAGAGCAAAGAGAAGAGAAAAAGAGAAGAAGAUGAAGAAACCCAGCUUGAUAUUGUUGGAAUCUGGUGGACAGUAACAAACUUUGGUGAAAUUUCAGGAACCAUAGCCAUUGAAAUGGAUAAGGGAACCUAUAUACAUGCACUCGACAAUGGUCUUUUUACACUGGGAGCUCCACACAAAGAAGUCGAUGAGGGCCCUAGUCCUCCAGAGCAGUUUACAGCUGUCAAGUUGUCUGAUUCCAGAAUUGCCCUGAAAUCUGGCUAUGGGAAAUAUCUUGGUAUAAAUUCAGAUGGACUUGUAGUUGGGCGUUCAGAUGCAAUUGGACCAAGAGAACAAUGGGAACCAGUCUUUCAAAAUGGGAAAAUGGCUUUAUUGGCCUCAAAUAGCUGCUUUAUUAGAUGUAAUGAAGCAGGGGACAUAGAAGCAAAAAGUAAAACAGCUGGAGAAGAAGAAAUGAUAAAGAUUAGAUCCUGUGCUGAAAGAGAAACCAAGAAAAAAGAUGACAUUCCAGAAGAAGACAAAGGAAAUGUAAAACAAUGUGAAAUCAAUUAUGUAAAGAAAUUUCAGAGCUUCCAAGACCACAAACUUAAAAUAAGUAAAGAAGACAGUAAAAUUCUUAAAAAAGCUCGGAAAGAUGGAUUUUUGCAUGAGACGCUUCUGGACAGGAGAGCCAAAUUGAAAGCUGACAGAUACUGCAAGUGACUGAGAUUUUUGUUUCUGCCUUACCUUUUUGUGUUUUUUUUUUUCCUGAAUAAAAUAUUCAGAGGAAGUGCUUUUACAGAGUUCUUGAGUUGUUGUGAAAUUGUUGUUUAACUAGUAGCUAGUUGAACCAGGAUUAAACAAGUUUAAUCAA